AUGUCUCGAUCGCUGCUUCCGGGUGCUCGAAAGUUUGUUCCCACAGGAGCGAAUGAUACUCCACUCUCCAACUAUGUACCCGGCCUCGGCCGGGGAGCUACUCCCUUCUCUACACGAGCAGAGACGGCGCCCGCCCCCACAGUACCCAAUGCAAAGCUUAGAGAAAUGCGAGACGCUGCUUCUCGCGCAGAGAGCCAGAGGCGAGCUAAUGAGCUCUUUGGGAAGCCCCCUCCUGGGUAUAUUCCCGGCAGAGGGCGCGGCGCCACAGGGUUUGCUGGGGGUGUUAGUCGCGAUGAUUCCAUUGACUACACCCAGGGAGCGGCAGAUAAAAGUGAUUUGAGCGACGCCAACUUCGAUCCUUUCACAGGCUACGCCGAGAACUUAUUUAAUGACGCAGAGUACGAUGAAGAGGACAGAGUGGCUGAUGAAGUGUAUGAGUCGAUAGACCAGAGGAUGGAUGGGCGACGCCGCUCGCGCCGAGAGGCUAGACUUAAGGAGGAAAUCGCAAAGCUGCGCGCGGAGAAACCAACAAUACAUCAACAGUUUGCAGACCUCAAAAAGGGGCUUACCACUGUGACUCAAGAGGAAUGGGAGUCGAUUCCGGACAUUGGGGACUAUACAUUGAAGCGGAAGCAGAAGAAGCAACAGAUGCUAACACCUGCGUCAGAUAGAGGGAUAUUAGAAGCUCGCAAUCGCGAGUCCUUCUCUAACUCCAUUGCUUCCGCAGGAUCCGCUACUCCCAUCGGGUUUGGGAUGGCAACACCCCUUAUGGCUGGGGGCAUGUCUACCCCUCUUGGCCUGCAGACACCUUUGGGCAUUCAGACUCCACUGGGUCUGCGAACCCCAAUGGGAAGUAGCACUCCGUCUUUAAAUGACCUUGGCGAAGCCCGUGGCACGGUGCUUUCUGUUAAACUGGACAAAGUGAUGGAUAGCAUUUCGGGCCAGACAGUUAUCGAUCCCAAGGGAUACCUUACAGAUCUCAACUCUAUGCAGCUGCAAAGUGAUGCAGAUAUUGCGGACAUAAAGAAGGCAAGGACUUUGUUGAAAUCGGUGAUAUCUACCAAUCCCAAUCAUGCACCGGGGUGGAUUGCAGCCGCGCGCUUGGAAGAGCUUGCAGGGAAGCUGCAGACUGCUCGCGAGUUGAUAUCGCUGGGGUGCCAGCGAUGCCCGAAAAGCGAAGACGUGUGGCUGGAGGCGGCUCGGCUGGAAAAGCCCCGAAAUGCGAAGGCAGUUCUUGCAAAAGCAGUAUCUGUGCUACCACACUCGGUUCGUCUGUGGCUUGAUGCUUAUGCGCGGGAAAAAGACCUCAACGACAGGCGUUUAGUGCUACGAAAGGCGUUGGAGUUUAUUCCAAAUUCUGUCCGGCUUUGGAAAGAAGCGUGCAGCUUAGAAGAUGAGCGGAACGCCCGGAUUCUGCUUACUCGGGCAGUCGAGUGCGUCCCGCAGUCACAUGAGAUGUGGUUGGCUUUAGCGCGACUCAGCACAUACGAAGAAGCUCAGAAAGUCCUGAAUGAAGCCCGAAAAAAGUGCCCGACAUCUCCCGAGAUAUGGGUAGCUGCGUGCAAACUGGAGGAGACUCAAGGGAACGAAAAGAUGGUUCAGGUCAUUAUUGGGAGAGCCGUGGAGAACCUAAUUGGCCGUGGAGUUGCACAAACUAGAGAUGUGUGGUUGAAACUGGCAGAAGAAGCUGAGAGUUCUGGGUUUUUAACAACCGCCCAGGCGAUUAUCAAAGCAACCAUGAAAGUUGGAGUUGAAGGCAUCAAUGCAAAGCGCGUUUGGAGCGAGGAUGCAGAAGAGUGCCUCAGCAGGGGCUCGAUAACUGUGGCAAGGGCCUUGUAUACCCAUGCUCUCGAGCGGCUAAAAACAAAGAAGAGUUUAUGGUUGGCUCUUGCCGACCUUGAAACUAAGCAUGGCACGCGAGAGGCUCUAGAAAAGGUGCUUCAGAAAGCGGUCACUUGCUGCCCGAAGGCAGAUGUCUUGUGGCUGAUGGCAGCAAAGCAGCAGUGGCUUAAGGGAGAUAUCAACGCUGCACGCCGUAUUUUGGCUGAAGCGUUUUCCCACAACGAAAACAGCGAGGCAAUUUCACUUGCUGCUGUUAAGUUGGAGAGGGAAAACAAUGAAUUUGCUCGUGCAAGGAAGCUCCUCAAACGCACCCGGCAAAACAUCAACACAGCGAACGUCUGGAUGCAGUCAGUUCAGCUCGAGCGGCAACUGGGUGACUAUGACGCUGCAAUUUCCCUGGCAGAUGAGGCAGUAAAACAGCACCAGACCUUUGCUAAGCUGUGGAUGGUUCGAGGGCAACUGCACGAGGAGCAUCCAACUCACAGGGACUUGGCGAAGGCCAUUGACGUGUUUCGUGAGGGCACUGUGUGCUGCCCUCGUAGUGUCCCGCUGUGGCUGUGCUGGGUGAAUUGCGAGAGGAGCCAGAAGAACUGGAACAGGGCCCGUGCAGUGUUGGAAAAAGCUAAACUACGGGUCCCCAACAGUCCAGAACUCUGGUUGGCGCUCGUUCAAGUUGAGAUCGAGUCAGGAAACCGAGAGGUUGCACAGCACGUUGCAUCGAAGGCCAUUCAGGCGUGUCCUAAUGCAGGCAUCAUUUGGGCGGAGGCUAUUUUCCUUGAAGAUGAUAAUGCUCAAACGCAUAGGGCAGUGGAUGCCCUCACCAAGUGCGAGAACGACGCGAAUGUGAUCCACGCGGUGGCUCGUUUGUUCUGGAAGGAUCAGAAGAUUGCGAAGGCCCGGAAGUGGAUGAAUCGCAGUGUUACUCUCGACCCAUCGCUGGGCGACGCAUGGGCCUCGUUUCUAGCUUUCGAGAUCGAACAUGGCGGCGAAAAGGAGUGCAUUGACGUCAUAAAUCGCUGUGCCCUCGCACAGCCGAACAGAGGUCAGAUUGUGUGGAUGUUGACGUUGAAACUCAAGGCCGUCCUGGACCACAUGUAUCCCAAUGCUUUGAAAAAGGAGGGCAUAUCACAAGUGGUUCUGGAUGCGCUGCAUGGAAAGCUGCAAAACGAGCAGCAGUCACAUGCGCCUGCGAAAACUCCCACGGUUGCAGCGCCAACCGGUGUUGUACCUGUGCCAAAUCCGACGGCCGGGCAAUGCGGACGAAGCGACAGUAGUGACAAGCAACGGGGUGACUCGUCAUUGCCAAAUGAAACGAGCAAGUCCCAGCCUGAUUUGCCCCCACCAAAGCUGUCACGUGGCGCAAAUGCUGAAGAUGUAGGCUCUGCUAAGGGUCAAUAG